AGCUGACGUCACGGCCCAGCCCAGGGCGGCGUAUAGUGUGGGACCAGGGAAUAAAGCAAUGCGCCCAUCUAUUAUCAACAGUUACGCGGAGGCAGCUAGUCGAGAGCGAGCAGAAACGCACCCGACAAUCCCCGCUUGCAGGCCUGUCUUACCCACUGGUGGAGCCAUGAUGCAGAGAACGGCCUUCCUCUUGUGUGUCACUGCGCUCUUCUCCUCCUCCCUUGCCCAGCAGCCGGCCGCAGAGGAGGAAGAGGCGGAGGACGAGAUCCCCGUGGAGCUGUUCACCACGCCCACCUCCAAGAUGGCCGCCGCCACAUCCGACUUCGGCUACAACUUGUUCCGCCAGAUGGCCGGGAGCGACCCCAAGGCCAGCGUGCUGCUGUCGCCCAUCAGCGUCUCUGCAGCCCUCACACAGCUCUCCAUGGGGGCGUCCUCUGAGUCGGAGAGGCAGCUGUACCGGGUGCUGCGCUACCACAACCUGUGGGACCCCCAGCUCCACAACACACUGCGCGACCUGCUGGUCUCCCUGCGCACCCCCGACAAGGGCUUCAGCUCCGCUGCCCGCGUUUUCAUAGAGCGCAGGCUGCGAGUGAGACUAGACUACCUGAACGCAGUGGAGAAGCAGUAUGGCGUGCGACCCAAAGUGCUGUUCGGCUCCGUUCGGGACGUGAAGGAAAUCAAUGACUGGGUCAAGCAGCAGACGGGAAGCAAAAUGGACCGCUUCCUAACCUCACCGUUUCCCCGUGGUCCUGGACUGGUAUCGCUGAGUGCUGGCUACUUCAAAGGACGGUGGGUCACCCGGUUUACCCAGAGUGGGAAAUUGGAGGACUUCAAUGUGGAGGGAGCAUCACCCGUCAAAGUGGCCAUGAUGAAGGAGGACAGAUACCCCAUUAAAAUGGGUGUUGACUCAGACCUGGGCUGUACGAUCGCCCAGGUGCCGAUGGACGGUGAGGUCAGCAUGAUCUUCUUUCUGCCGGACGAGGUUACCACCAACACCUCGCUGAUCGAGGAGGCCCUGACGGCCGAGUUCGUGCAGGACCUGGCCAUGACACUGCACCCUGUCCGGGUUGAAGUCACGCUCCCCGUGCUGAAGCUCAGCUACUCCACUGAUCUGCUGACCUCGCUCUCCAACAUGGGCCCGUCUGAUUGGCUAGCUCAGACCGACCUGCAGAAGAUCAGCACCCAAGCAAUCAAGGUCAGCACGGUUCGCCACAAGGUGGCGAUGGAGACAGCCCCGGAGGGCAGCCAGUACCCAAACUUCCAGCCCAGCACCAGCAACCAGGCACUGGCUAUAUCCUUCCGUGUGGACCGUCCGUUCAUCUUCCUGGUGCGCGAUGAGAAAUCGGGGGCGUUGCUGCUCAUUGGGAAAGUACUGAACCCGCGCAACCUCUGAGGAGGAAGGCUGCUCCUCUCUUAGUGCAUAUGUACACACACACACAGGAGAUUUGACCCAACAGACACAUGUACUUUGGCACCUGGUAACACUCAGCUCCGAGCAUAUGACAGAAAGUGACAUAAGCCACACGCAGACAUGCAGAUGUGAUGCAAAACCUGUAGUCGGCUGCAAUGUCAUUCCCAGCGACACCAUGCCAAGCCCUACAUUUAUUUCAUAAUCUUUCUUAUGCUUAUAAUGUGUAUGUGUCAUAUUGACCCCAGAAACAUUUUUUUGGAAAAAAAUAGCUGUAGAUAAUGGCCAUAUUGUCUCGUCUGGUCUUCUCAACCAUGCCACUUGUGCAAUACACCCGAGAACAGUAUGUAUGUGCAUGAAUUUUGCCUAGGGAACAUAUUUGUUUGUGAAAACUUGUCCAUCUGGAACUGUAGAAUCACUGACACAUUUGCAAAAGCCAGAUGUUCAGAAAACAGGACACAUGCCAAUGUGGAAAGGAUGUCGCUACAGAGAUGUAAAAAAAAGUAACAGAAAUAAAAAAAAAAUAUGGUUUUUGUUUAUUUUAUAUUGAUUUUGAGACAAACAUGGAACUCCGGAAAGAAACCCCCUGCUUUGUAUAUUUAAUCAUUGGUUUGUAUAUGAAACGCUCUCCCCUCUCACACAGCUACUAGUCUUUGGAGAUGCCUGCAAUGGGUGGGAUUAACACAAACUGUCAAUCACUAUUUGGAACCAAUAAAGUAACCAAUGGCAAGCA